GUUUGCGCACUAUUCGACUAAAGAUGGCGCCUUGCGGUGUUCUACCAUUUGCAUCUUGCUGGGCCGGCGGCGUGUGUGAAAACUACUAGGACUGAAAGUCAACCUUGUUUUAUUAUAUUCAACGAAUAUGCCCACUUAAGUCAGGACUGUCCACUUAUAAGUGCGAGUCUUUAUCUUUCCGUGUGCACAAACAAAUUGUAUCAACGAUCCUCUGUGAUCCAACUUCUGUCCUCUUCCCCCAUCAACUCGCUCUCAAACCAUUGCUAACUCGGCCCACUUUAAGUAAAUAAAAGACUGGUGAAGAAGUGGUGCUUUCAACUGUUACUUGGACACAGGAACAAAAUAGUCCAAGAUGAAUAAAGUGGAUUACAUGGAGGUCACUUUACCAAAUUAUUCAUACGUCUUCAAUUUUGAAGAGACUUUCAGUCCUGCAGAGACUCAAUUAUGGAUGAGAAAGAAUUGGACGAAUGGUUUCUAUUAUUGCGGCAUUUACAUGAUUUUGAUUUUUGGUGGACAACAUUACAUGUCAAACAGACCAAAAUUUGAGCUAAGAGGUUUACUUACUAUAUGGAAUACGAUGCUUGCUAUGUUCUCCAUUAUUGGAUUCACUAGAACAGCACCAGAGUUAAUCUAUGUGCUAAGAAAUUAUGGAUUCCAAUAUAGUAUUUGUGUGCCCAGCUACAUCAAAGCUGACUGCGUGUCCGGAUUUUGGACGUGGAUGUUCGUCCUGUCGAAGCUUCCAGAACUUGGUGAUACAAUCUUUAUUGUGCUACGAAAACAACGCUUGAUAUUUUUACAUUGGUACCAUCAUAUAACAGUUCUUCUGUAUGCAUGGUUCUCGUAUACAGAAUACGCGUCAACUGCCAGGUGGUACGUUGUAAUGAACUACUUUGUUCACUCUAUAAUGUACUCGUACUAUGCUCUUAAAGCGAUGCGCUACAGACCACCAAAGAAUAUUGCCAUGUUGAUUACUACGCUUCAACUCAUGCAAAUGGUAUUAGGUUGCAUUAUAAAUAUUAGAGCUUUCCAGAUAUUGCAAAAUGGCAAGUACGAUUGUCACAUUUCACGUAUCAAUCUGAUGCUUGGCCUGCUUAUAUACUUCAGCUAUUUUAUCCUCUUCGCUAAAUUUUUCCAAAACUCUUAUCUAAAUAGAAGGCAUGGUACCAAAGUGGAGAAAAAGAGUUAUGUUAAUGGAACAGAGUAUGAUAAGCUCAAGGCUAACUAAAGCACACCAAAUUUUUUGAAACUUUUUCUGAAGAUGCUUUCCAAAAGUAAUUCUUCAAAGUGCUCUCAGAGUGUGUUUUUGGAAAACAUACUUUUGAAAAUGGCUUUCAAAAAAUACCCUUUGGAAAUAGUUUUUUUUUUAGAAGUCUUUGUUAACUCAAAGUCAUGUAACUUGUGGUAGGGUGAAAGUGACACUGCGUUAUUCAAACAUAUAGCACACUGAAUUUUAUAAUAUUAAAAUGUUGCACACUAAAUUUAGUAAUAAAUUUUGUGAUAAAGUAUUUAACAUGUUUGAUGUUAAAUACUUUAUCAAUGAAUAAAGAGCUUCUUAGAGGUACUUCUUAAGAAAUAUUUUGUUCCUAAGAACAACUUCUGAAGAAAUUUCUUUAUAUCUUUUUUUUAAUACUUCUGUGUGAAGUUAAUAUGUUAUAGAAGCUUAGGUAGAACGAGGAUGGAGAUAAUGUUUGAAGGCUGUAUUAGCGUCUAAUUUCAUAUAAAAUUAUUUAGUAUCAAAAAAUAUGUGCGUUAAAUACUUUCAUAAAAAACAGGAUAUAUAUUUACUGAAUCACAAAAAACAUGUUUAAUAUAUUUACUGUUAUACAUAGGGAAUCUAUAAAUUUGUUAAAACAUUAUCUAUUAGACAUUCUACAGUUUGUUUUAAAUUCAGUCAUUUUCUUGACGUGUGGUAACAAGCGCAUAAUACCGCGCUGAUAAAACAAACGCGCAAAAAAGAUUAUUCCCAAAUCUCGUUCUGCCACAAUAAGGAUAAAAUAUUUGCCUUUGAAAGAGACAGAAAAAUGGAAAACUCGAAUGUGAAAUUUCAUUAAGUGUACCUCCGAAACGAGCUAAAAAUAUUCUUCGUAGAAAAUAGUAAAAUAAUAGAUAACAAUCAGAGAGUGAAAUCGUAAUAUUUUGGAUUGUUCCAUUCGAGCGUUCACGAUCGUUAAUAAAAAAGAGAAACGGAGAAAUUAUAUUUACUAUUUUCUAUUACGACUAUUUUAUGCUGCUAAGAAUAACGAAAUGGGCUCCUUACUCGUAUUUGUUACCAGGGUGCAGCCAACCUUGCAGAGACGUUUAUUUUUUUAAAAUUUGUAAUAUUUUGUAUAACAUAAUUUCUUUCCAAACAAGUUUCUUUUGUACAAAUUAUGUUAUUUAUAUUUAUUUACUUAAAUUACUGAAAUUCAUAAAAUAAUGCAACCUCAAUUAAUUUUUUAAAUGUUUCCAAUGAAUAUAUAAGUAUGUACAGAUGAAGCUAUGAUGUUAAACAAAUUUUAGAAAGCUGUAAUUAUAAAAAAAGAUCAUUUUUAAAGAGACAACUUCUUACUGAGGAUAAAACGAAUAGCUUCAGAGAAGAAAAAAAAAAGUUUAAACAAUAAUGGUCCCUUUUUUGUAAUUUUAUAUAAUUAAAUAGACAUCUUUGUAGGGAUGCUUGUUCUCUGAAACAUAAACUGACCGAUUCUAGUCGCAUGGUCAGGAUAAAAGCAUCUGUUAAGGGAAAUGGGAGUGUAUUAAAUGGUAUCAAUAUUUAAAACAAUUGUUCAUGCCGCUGAUCGACGCGCAGUUUCAUACGCGAAAUUGUUUAACUACGUUUUUUUUUUUUAAGAUUGUAUAAGACUUUUGAUUGGAUACAGUUCUGUAUUUGUUUUCUUCUUUUGUUUUUAUAAAUUAUCAAUUUGUUUCUAAUUCGCACAAAUAUUAUUACCAAUAGAAGCAUGAGUACAGCUAAUACAUAUAUUAACAGUAUCAUUAACAAAUUGUCCCAUUGACUGUUUAAUUUAGAAAUGAUUACCAGAUAGUUUUAAUUAUUAUACAGCUCUUCAAUAGGUAGCGAAUUUGUACAAAACAGUAGUGACUAUCGCAGGCUGCGCAUGAGCUCUUUUUUGUUCAACUGAAAUUCAUUGAUAAUAUUGAAAUAAAAGAAAAAAUUAGUCCAAUGAAAGGCACAACAGUUGAUUUAUUAAUAAAUAUCACCAAAGUACUACUA